CACUCCCUUAAUUAUUACUACACAUACGCAUGCAGGCGAAAGCGCUGCAGUCGACCGCCCUGGGACGGAGCUGGAGUGGGACUCGCAUGGGAAACUCGGCGCCCCUGUACUACCGCCCCGCAGACGCCCUGUCUUCUCGCCGCACAAAGCGACUGGCGUCUGCAGCAUGCCGCCGUGUUGGUCUGGUGGUCGGGGUGCUCCUGCUGACCGAGGUCGUUCUCAUCAUCGCGUCCGCUGGAGUUCAUUUGCACCAAGUCCCUCAUGCGCUCGCCGAGUACUUUUACGUGCAUCGGACGUGCGCCGUUCCCGACAAGUGGCGCCAAGAGAUGCUUUCCAAUGCAUUCGAGGCCUCCGAUGCCUGCACUGCCGUCAAUGCCUCGUGCUGGAUGGACUUUGGCACAGUACUGGGCGCGUAUCGACAUGAAGGCCCAAUUCCGUGGGAUCGCGAUGUGGAUUUCGGGGGGUUUGUGAGUGAAAAGGAAGUGGUCAAGGCCGAGCUCGUCCGGCGCGGCUUUCAUGUGGACGACGAAGAGUGCAAGCUCCGGCUGUCCAAGCCCCAAACACAAACACGGUACAACUUUGUCGACAUCUUCCUGUACGAGGACGACCCAACCGACCCGACGCGGCUAACUCGCUGCGAGAUUUCGGACCCAUUCCGGUUUUGGUUUCCAAAGUUUAUGACCAACCCUCUCGUCCCAAUGAAAUUUGCCGGCCGCAUGUUGCCCGCGCCAAAUCACGUCGAGGAGCUGCUACGCAUCCGAUACCCGUACAGCUACAUGGUAUCGCUGCCGCAAAACAUUAACUGCUUCUUUGUGUCGCGUUAUUACUUUACGUUAUUCCUGGGCCUGUUCGCCGUCUUUGGGCUUCCUAUCCUGCUCCUCGUCGGCUGGCUGUGCUACAAGCUAUGAGCACUGCUGCACGACCCGCCUGAUCCUGGUUAUUUUUUUUUCUUGCCGAGUUGAGGAGGCGGCCCGCUGGCCGUUUUCGCUUUCCUCUGCUCUGUCUGCUCUGUUGCCCCGGACAACUGUCUUAUUGGCCUGUACAUUACUCGGUGUUAACGCUGUUGAGCUGCUUGCUUGAAGAUUGAUGUGUUGCUGCUUGCUUGAAGUUUGAUUCAAUUCAAAACUGAAAUGAGAAAUCAGAAAGUG